AUGGCUUCAUCAAGAUUUCAACUUGUUGCUCUUCUCGUCAUCUUCUCUCUCGUUAUUGCUGCCCAAUCCGCAGAAAAAGAAGUAAGAGACGGACCAUGUCUCUUGAGAGGAACAUGCAGCGCUGAUAGCGACUGCGACACACAUUGCCACAGGAAAGGCGAUGGUAAGGUUAUGGACGGCCACUGCCUCUUCGAAGGACCCAAGGGUCGUCCCGUCUGCUGCUGCUUAUCCGAUUAG